AUGCUUCAAGAAACUGGUUGCGUCAUUGAAGAUGUUUGGGAGGGAGAACUGAGCUACAACCUAGUCAGUACUAAGGAAUUGCCUGAGCCUGUGUUCUAUCAUAACACAGUCAAAGGAGAAAUUCCCAUUGACGCAGUUGUUGUGACGGACCCAUAUGAGAUGUACUUGGAGUCAAUACCCUCUAAUGAGAACCCAAGGCAUGUCUAUGUUGGUAAUUCAUUGGCUGCUCCCAGAACAAUAAACAGACAGAUUAAUGUACGUCUUGACAUGGACUGCAUCCUUGACAGUGGAUCUCAGAUUGUCUCAAUGGCCUUCUCGGAAGCUGUCAACGCACAAUUAAGCUGGGACCCAAAAGUUGUCAUCUAUAUGGAAAGCACAAAUGGAUCUAUCUCUAAGGCAUUGGGAUUAGCGAGAAAUGUACCCUUCAGAUUUGGGACCAUUCUGGUCUACCUACUCGUGAUUACGGAAAGUGAUGGUCAAUCAUGA